AUGAUAGAAGCCGUUGAUAGAAUACUCGUAGUUGACGCUCCUAUUGUGACUGAUACUUCCAUUCAAAAAGAGAAUCUCAUAAGUGUUUUUCCUUCUUCAGGUUCUAGUUUAAAUCAACAUGGAGAAAUUAAUUUUGUUAUUGAGACAUGUGGUCAGUAUCUACACUUGCAUAAGUCUUACAUUUACCUCGAAGUAGAACUUUCCAAAUUAGAUGACGCUGCUUUAGCAGAAACUGAUGAAGUCUCCUUAACUAAUAAUGCACCAAUGUUCUUGUUUGAUAGAGCAACAUAUAGUAUGGAUGGUGUUCAAGUAGAAAACAUAAUGGAUCCUGGUAGAGCUAGUUUGAUGAAAGGUCUUUUGACUUAUAGUAGUACUAUGAACAAGCAGAAUACUUUUGGCUGGAUUUUAGAAACUAAGGAUAUUAUAACAUACAAGAUAAAUAAAUAUACGAAAAAUAGAAAAGGCACUAUAACUUUUUGCAUUCCGUUGACACAUAUCUUUGGAUUUGCUGAAUGCUACAACAAAAUAGUCUAUGGUAGGAAGCAUCAGUUAUCACUCUACAGAUCUCCUGAAAAUAAAAAUAGCAUUGUAUCGUCAGAUGCUACAAAAUUUACAGCGAAGAUGAACAUCAAAAGAUUACAAUGGAUUAUUCCAAAGAUUGUCCCUAGUCUUGAAAUGCAGAAUAAAUUAUUGAAUAUUUUCGAAAGCAACAAUUCGAAAGCUAUAAUAUCCCUAAUGGUAAUAGGGAAUUCACAUGGAAGAUGGGUACAAAAUAUGACAAAAUAA